UGACAUUAAAUUGACAAAUCUGACAGUUGGCCCAUUGCGGCAUAUUGUUCAAAAUUAACUAAAAAAAUCAUUAUUUUUAUAAAUAAUGGCAGUUAUUUAUACCAGUGAAAAUAACCCAGCAGGUUUAAAGCUCAUCGUAGCCAAAAACCUCUCGAAAAAGGACGUAACUGUAAUAAUUUCUAACAUAAAUGAUAAAUCUUUAAAACAACCAAAACAUUUGCCGUAUUUGGAGUUGGAUAAUAAUGUUUCAUUAUUCUCAACGAAUGCAGCUGUACUGUAUUUAUUGUCGAGUAAAAUUGAUGAUUUAGUAGUAAAUGAAUGGUUAGAAUGGGAAUCAAAUAUUCUUGCACCCAAUCUAGCUCUAGUCAUAGGAAGCAACAUAAAAAAAAAAGAUGUUAAGAAUACACUAAGUGCUGCCUUAAAGAAAUUAAAUGAGUUCUUGAAGAAUAAGAAGUAUUUAUGUGGUAAUCAAAUAACAGCUUGUGAUAUUUCCAUUUGGUGCACUUUGUUUCCUCUUUAUAAAUUUGGAGGGAGUGAAUCUUUUAAAGAUCUCUUAAUUAACCUUACAAGUGUUGAUGGAUGGUUUAAUAACUUACUGAAAGAAUCCAGUUUUGAGGUAUCUCUUAAAGAAUUUCCAAUUAAAGAUUGCCAUUCACCAUAUAAUGCUUUGUUGAGUGGCAGCAAAUAUCUGGUAGCUGGUGCACAUGAUAAUGCUGCUUUAAAGUCAGAAAAUAGUCAAGAGGAGGAAACUGUGAGUGAGGAAGAUUUGGAAGCUGCCAGAAAAGCAUUUUGUGAGUCUGGUGGAUUUCCCAAGAUCAAGCAACCCGGUAAAACAGUAUUACCAAUCCCCAACGAAAAAAAUGUCUUUAUUACUUCCGCUCUUCCCUACGUCAACAACGUGCCGCAUCUCGGCAACAUAAUCGGUUGCGUUUUGUCAGCUGAUGUGUUUGCCCGAUUCUCCCGGCUAUGCAACCAUAACACUCUCUACUUGUGUGGCACGGACGAAUACGGAACUGCCACUGAAACGAAAGCCCUGGAAGAGAAACUGUCUUGCAAGGCCAUCUGCGAUAAGUACCACAAGAUUCACAAGGAGACCUAUGAUUGGUUCAACAUUAGUUUUGACUAUUUCGGAAGAACAUCAACACCUGAACAGACUGAGUUAUGUCAAAGUAUGUUUUUAAAACUAAACGACAACGGUUUCAUGUUCACGCAAUCGGUGGAGCAACUGCAUUGCUCGAAUUGCGACCGUUUUCUGGCCGACAGAUUUGUCGAGGGAGGAUGCCCGAACAUCGGGUGCACCUACGAAGACGCCAGGGGUGACCAGUGCGACGGAUGCGGCAAAUUGGUGAACGCCGUCGAGCUGAAGAAUCCCAGGUGCAAAGUGUGCAGCCAAACGCCGAAAUUGAAGACGUCCAACCAGUUCUUCAUCGAUUUGCCCAAGUUGGAGCCUUUGUUGCGCCACUGGAUUAAAAUCUCGUCGCCGGGUUGGACGCACAACGCUCAAGUGAUAGCGCAAUCGUGGCUCAAAGAGGGGCUCAAGCCCAGAUGCAUAACUAGAGACCUAAAGUGGGGCGUGCCUGUACCUCUGGACGGCUUCAGAGACAAGGUGUUCUACGUCUGGUUCGACGCGCCCAUAGGCUACAUGUCCAUGACCAAAGCCUACACCGAGGAGUACGAAAAGUGGUGGAUACCCGGCGAAAAAACCGACGUCGAGCUGUACCAGUUCAUGGCCAAAGACAACGUCCCCUUCCAUUCGGUGCUCUUUCCCUCGAUGCUGCUCGGCGCGAACAAAGGCUACUUGACCGUGUCGCAUCUCAUGGCCACCGAGUAUCUCAACUACGAGGACGGUAAGUUCUCGAAGUCUCGAGGAGUGGGGGUUUUCGGCACCGACGUUCAGAACACCGGGAUAUCGAGCGACGUGUGGCGCUUCUAUCUGCUCUACGUCAGGCCGGAAUCGCAGGAUUCCAGCUUCAGCUGGGCGGAUCUGGCGACGAAAAACAACUCCGAGCUGCUCAACAAUCUGGGCAACUUUGUCAAUAGGUCGUUGGUGUUCGCCAAAAACAACUUUGGAGGUGUAGUGCCGAAAAUGGAAUUAUUGACAGAAGAUUUAACUCUGUUAGCUCACUGCACCAAAGAAUUUAAAGCUUACGUUUCCGCUUUGGAGAAAUGCAAAUUAAGAGAUGGAAUUAGACAUAUUCUUUCCAUUUCCAAGUUUGGUAAUCAGUAUAUGCAAUCCAACCAACCUUGGGUUUUGGUUAAGGGAACUGAUGAACAAAAAUUAAGAGCUGGUACUGUGAUAGGUCUCUGCACGAACAUUGUUGCCCUUUUGGAGAUGCUACUCAGACCUUACAUGCCCGAAACCAGUGCCAACCUUAAGAAACAACUGAACACCACUGACCUAGCCAUAGACCUAAAGGAGGUCCGGAUUGUUCAACUAACGCCCUCUGGUCAUAAAAUCGGCGAACCUUCGCCACUUUUUGCCAAAAUCGAACCGGCUCGUAUUGAGGAGUUGCAAAAAAUGUUUGCUGGAACGCAAGCCGAAAGAAAAAAUGGAGUGCCCGCUGAAUUGGAAGCGGAAGUUCAAAAACAAGCUGACAAAGUAAGACAGUUGAAGUCUAGUGGAGCUGCUAAAACAUUGUGGGCGCCGGAAGUGCAGAUUUUGUUGGAUUUAAAGAAAAAAUUGGAGGAGUGCAAGAAAAAAAAGCCAAAUGAUGAAGGCGAUGUUCCUCUGUCGGGAACAGCCGAAAAAUUGGAAGAUGAAGUUGCCAAACAAGGUGCUAAAGUUAGAUCUCUCAAAAGCGGAGGUGCCGAAAAAUCCGCAUGGCAGCCGGAAGUUAGCGUUCUUUUAAGUUUGAAGAAGAAAUUAGAGGGUCUUCAAAAAGUGCUUGCUGCUUCUCCGAAAUCCGAUGCGCAGCCGAAUGGGAAAAAUGAGGCGGAAAUAAAACGUUUAGAAGAUGAAGUUGCUAAACAGGCUUUAAAAGUAAGAACUCUUAAAGAAAGCAAAGCAGAAAAGUCAGUGUGGCAACCUGAAGUUGAACUUCUUCUCAAGCUGAAACAACAACUUACCGCGGCUGGUGGAGCCCCAGCGGCGCCUCCAGCAAAGGGUAAAAAGGGUAAAUAAAUGUAUUGAAAAAAAAAAGUUGGGUAAUAAUUUACUGCUGAUAACAGUAUUUAAGUGAAAGCCAAUAAUUAAAUCUAAUUAUUUAUUUACUAUUAAUUAUAAUUUUACACAAGAAAAUAAAUAUAGUAAGA